AUGGGUCAUAUUAAGAGUUUUCCCCAUGCAUGUCCAUUUUGCACAGCUGGAGAGGAGUGGCACAAGGCUGCAUUGAAAGAAUGGGCCCUGAAGAAGAGCAAUUGGUGUAAAGCCAAUAAAGAUAUUGACCUGGCCAACUUUGACCAGAAGAAUUCCUGCCCCUGCCCCCCUGUUCAAAAUUGGAAGGCUGGCACUUAUGCUAUCAAGGAAAUCCACCACUUCCAGAGCUCUACUGAGCUAAUCUUGCUGGUGGCCCCAUUCCAGCAAUUGGUUUGGGAAAUUACUUUGUCUUGUCACCAAGAACAUGAAUAUUGCUGGCAAUGUACUGUCAUUAAGUUACUUCAGGAGGUGGCUGAAGCAAUCUUGUGCACUCUGUUUGAGUGCUCUAUUAUGGCAAUGGUGCACUGUAAGUACAUUAUGGUUAACACCAAUGAUAUGAAGCUCAUUCUUGGCAUUGAUGUCAAAAUUGGGUUGAACUAUUUCAGCCUGAUUGAUGUGCCUGAUUGCUCUGCCCCUGCUGUCAUCACCUGCCACCUGUGUGCUGCCUCUGCCCCACCAACUACCACUGCUGCCACUUCACCACCACUGCCAUCACUCACCACUGCCUCUCUGUCUUCUUCUGGUGCUGUCAGGAUCUCCACCCAUCAAAUAGCAGGUAUUAGAGCUCCUGUCCAGUUCAUAAAGCUGGUUCUGGAGGAGCAGGAGGAGGAGGAGGAGAAGAAGAAGGAGAGGGAGGAGGAGGACAAUAAUGAUGAUGAAGAUGAUAACAAUGAUGAUUAA